ACAAAGUACAUACAUAUGUAUGUACGUGCAUAAAUACCUGUAUAAAUUGACUAAAACGCAGCACAUUGACGAAGUCACAUACAUACGAACAACUUGUGAACCGAAGGAGUAAAAACAAUUUUUAACACUUCGGUAAAAACUUGGAAUUAAAGUGAAUUUGACAACAAAGUUAGUUGGGUACUUUACAAAAUAUAACUCCAACUAGAAAAAGGAUACUGUGGUAAAAAUAAGGAACAUACACAUACUGAUAAGAUGCGCAGUCGUACGGAAAUGGUAACUACCACAUUUGUGGAUUCCGAAGAAGAUUAUAGUGAUGACAAUGAUUCCGAAGAAGAUUGGAGACCAUCAGCAUCCAAUAAAAACGGUAAAAAAUCAAAACAACAAAAAUGUAGUGGCGGUGGCGGCCCAUCAAAGAGAGGACGAAAACGUAAAGGUAAUUCAGGACAACCUAAUAAAAAUUCAAAACGUAAAGCUAUCUAUGAAGAAAGCGAAGAUGACGAUAAAGAUGAACUAAGCGAUGACGACUAUGACUACAGUGAAUUCGAAGCCAUAUCCGGUCCAUCGAGAAAAAAACCAUCAAGUUUACCUCCAAAAAAGCAAUUUUCUGACAAGAAUUCAUCUACAUCUGGUAAUGAUGACGCUGGAGACACUUUAAAUUUAUUAGUAUACGUUAAGGAUUUGACAGGAACAGACCUUAAAAAAAACAGCCGUUUGUGUUUAUGGCGCAAGGAUAGCAAUAAUUUGCUACAAAAAUAUAUACGUGUUAAAACAACGCCAGAACAGUAUAUAUUCACAUCAAGCUCAGUGUACUCCAGUUUCGACGAUAAACGCAUUUCUGACUUUUAUGAUAUCAAAGUCACGUCCAUAGAUUCUAGCAACCGACGUGUUAAAAUAAUUAACCCAUCUGAAUUGCAAAAAAUAUAUCUUAAGGCUCCAAAGAAUAAAAACAAUAGUGACGAUGAUAUUUUGAGUGAUGAAAAAUCGGACAUUGGGGAGAACGAACAAAUUUAUGUAAAACACAAGAAAAAUCUUAAAAAAAUAUGUGAAGCUGCGACACAACAUCAUCAAGACGAGGAUGAUGAUGAGGAAGAAGUUGAAGAAGAAAAUGAUGAGGAGGAGGAUGAAGGUGACUUGGAAGAUGACGAUGACGAUAUUGAAGAAGAUGAUGAAGCUGAUGAUGCUUAAGUACAUUACGACAUGAGUGAAAAUAAAUGGAAAAGAUAACUUACUACAGCAACUAUCGAUAUAAGGCAACGAAAAACUCUUUCAAUUCUGUAGAAAACAUAAUUGCAUAAUAAUAAUAUAAAACAAUAUGGCAAGCAAAAAAACCCAAAAUAAAUACUACAUUACUUGUAAUACUGACUACACUGACACUUACAAUUUUAUUAUGUAUACUUCCCAAUAAGCAAAAACCUUUGAAAUGAUGUAAAUACAUAUUUGAAAACAUAUUUAAAUAUCAUACAUAGCCUUUGAGAACAAAUUUGAAAAUUUUUGUUUUCAAAUAGAGAAUUCGUACCAUCUCAAACAAAAAGGCAGUUAGAAAUCAAACCAAAUUUAAAAAAGGCUAAAGAUAAGCUUGGAACUGAAAUUUUUUUCAAACGUAUUUCAAGUAUUCUUUAUUAGUAUUUUCAUGCAUUUUACAAAACCUAAUUAUAAUGCUAACUAUUGCAAACUUCAUAUAUUUUUGUACAUCACCUGAAAACAAGACAUUCAUUUUAUCAUAUUCUUCAAUUAUAUUUCCGAUUAUUUCUUCUAUAUUUAGCGUUUUUUCGCUCCCUUGCUGUAGAA